ACAUAAAGGAUAUUUUUUUUGGAAAUGAUUAUGAUUAGAAUUCAUACAGUUUCCUGAUAAUUUUUGAGAGAAGGAUACAAUAGAGAAAAGAAAAAAAAAAGUGCUACAGGAUCAGAAAAAUCAUUUAAUUAGAAUAAAAAGUAAUGGACAUAAUAAAAGAUCUUUUAUUUUCUUUGCCAUUCAUACAAAGAGUUUAUGAUUAUGGUGCUAGUUUUGAAACACAUAUGGAUUACGAGGGACAAAAGAAGGCAGAACGAGUUUAUCAAGUUAUUCUUACAAUUUUUGGCGUGGUUGGAUUCUUAUGGGGUUUUUAUAUUCAACAGCUAUCUGCCACUGUUUAUAUAGUUUUGACUGGCUUUGCUCUCUCCUGCUUGAUUGUUUUACCACCAUGGCCAUUUUUUCGAAAAAAUCCUUUGCAAUGGCAACCUGUAGUUAAUGGUUCAAAACAAACAAAGACUCAAAAGAAAAAUGACAGCAAGAAAGUGAAAAAAUAAUAUUUUUUAUAUUUAUUAUUUAUGUCAUUAUUUUAUGAAAUACAUUUAAAAAAUUCAAA